AUGGACCUCGACCACGACACAACCACACAGCUUGAGCCGUCGUCCCAAAGAACCAAAUCCAAGAAAACCUUCACUCUCGCAACAGCAACUCUCAAACACCCACCAUUCGCCUACGCCCAUCUCUCGCUGGCAACAUCGGCUUUCUCACCAUCCCCAGCCCGUUCGGCAGACACAGGCUUAGACGCACUGCAAGUGCGUUCCUACCUCACCGCCGCCCUCCGGCAAUUCCUUGGCGACACCGGCGCCGCCAUACCGAUCGACAUCCUCCUUGUGCAGGGCCAGUCAGCAUGGGUGCGGGUGCCGCGCGAGGAUUUAGCCGCCUUCGCGGCGGGCGUUACGGCGUUUCCGGGGCUCCCUCCCAGUUCGGGGGAAGCAGGAGGAGGGACUAUGCUGUUGCAGUUGAGGGCGUGUGGAGAUUGGCUGGGCAGUUUGAUCGGACGGGAGGAGCAGGCGGGGUUGUGGAGGAAUUUGAUUUGA